CGGAAAAAUCCAAAUCCGAAGCGUCUAAAUAUUACAGCCAGCCCUGUUAACGUCUCCUUCUUCCUCUUCUCAUUUCUCCAAUUUUUCUCUUCCCAUUUUGCCCUUCUGCAAGAUCUCAACACCCUCACCGUCCUUUUCCAUUUUCCCGGGAAAUUCAUCAAAAUUCGAGGAUAUUUUCAAAAAUUGAAGUCGCACUUCAAUUUUCUUCUAUAUAUAUCAAUCUGAAUUUUCCGAUAAAAUUUGUUUAAGUUCACUGAAAUGCGGUGAAAUCAUGAGAUCGUCUGUCUUGCCGGAGAAUUCAAGCAGUGCGCCGUCAACUUCGCGGAAUUCACCUCCUUCUGCGACGGCGCCUCGAAACUCCAAUUGUAAACACAGUAAUGUCUUUCAGCUCUUAACAAGAAGGGAGGUAUCUCCUCGAACUAAACGCGCUUCCAGAAAAUUUUGGGGUGAGAACACUAAAUGUACUCUUGACUCCUGUGGAUUAAAACGCGAAGUGGCAAGUGAUGCUAGACGGGGACUAAUAUCAUGGGUAGAGGCAGAGUCACUGCAACAUUUAUCGGCCAAGUAUUGUCCACUGUUGCCUCCUCCAAGGUCUACCAUUGCAGCAGCAUUCAGUCCUGAUGGGAGGACACUUGCUUCUACUCAUGGAGAUCACACGGUGAAAAUAAUUGACUACCAAACUGGGAAGUGCUUAAAGGUUUUGAGUGGACACCGCAGGACACCUUGGGUGGUUCGUUUCCAUCCAUUGUACCCUGAAAUACUGGCAAGUGGAAGUUUGGACCACGAAGUUCGGUUGUGGGAUGCAAAAACUGCCGAGUGUAUAGGAUCGCGAGAUUUUUAUCGUCCCAUCGCAUCCAUAGCGUUCCAUGCCCAAGGGGAAGUUCUAGCCGUUGCUUCAGGCCACAAGCUUUAUAUAUGGCAUUACAACAGAAGAGGAGAGGCUUCUACACCAGCAAUUGUACUGAAGACACGGCGUUCUCUUCGUGCUGUCCAUUUCCACCCACAUGCUGCCCCAUUUCUUUUGACAGCUGAGGUCAAUGAUCUGGAUUCAUCAGAUUCUUCAAUGACACGUGCUACUUCUCCGGCAAAUGAACUGCCUAUCAUGUCUCUACCUUUCCUGAUCUGGCCGUCAAUUGCAAGAGGUGAUCCCAGAAUGCCUGUGCAGCAAACUGAUAUAGAUAUGGGAACCGACAAUGUACAGCACAGAACAGAUACUUCAUCAUCUGUCCGCCUUCUCACAUAUUCAACUCCGUCUGGCCAGUAUGAACUUUUAUUGUCCCCUGUUGAGCAAAGUGCAUCUCCUGCGCAAGAAGCUCAUACUGGUUCUUCUGUUGGGGAAAACGAGAAUAUAGGUACUCAACCUUUAGUUGAUCCUAUGGAGACUGAUGUGCAACCAGAAGAAAGAAACAAUCAGUUUUUCCCUUUUAGUGACCCAGCAUACUGGGAAUUGCCUUUUUUGCAAGGAUGGUUGAUUGGCCAAAGCCAGGCUGCCCAACAAGCAACUCAUCCAAACCUUAGUGGUACUACCACUAAUCCAUCAACUUAUGGUGAACUGGAAAAUCCUUCUGCUGUUCCCUUGGUAAUUUCAAGCAAUAAUCAUCCAAGGUCCGGAAGAUCUGGUUCUCGGCAACGUUCUUCACGCUCUCGAGCGAUUCCCGUUGCUGGUGCUGGUGCUGCUUCGCUUAACGUUAUGCAUGAUGAGAGUGAUUCUCAAACUUCUAUUGGUCGCAUCCAGUCGGAGAUAGCUACUUCGCUGGCUGCAGCAGCGGCUGCUGAAUUGCCUUGCACUGUGAAACUCAGAAUAUGGCCUCAUGAUGUUAAGGUUCCAUGUGCACCCCUUCAUGCUGAAAGAUGUCGCUUAACAAUACCACAUGCUGUACUUUGCAGUGAAAUGGGAGCCCAUUUUUCACCAUGUGGGAGAUUUUUAGCAGCUUGUGUUGCAUGUAUUCUGCCAAACGUGGAUGCUGAUCCUGGUUUUCAUGGCCAUCUUCAUCAUGAUACUAUGGCAGCUGGAACUUCUCCAACCAGACAUCCAGUUGCUGCCCACCAGGUUAUGUAU